GGUACCGGGUAGAGAGGAGGGGCUUGGCGCGACGUGAGGGAAGUUGCGCAUGUCUCACUGACGGUUCAGGUUUGACAUUUCCCGACGCCGACAAGAAACAAGGUGCAUGGCAACAACUGCAUAGUGGUCUACGUGUUAAAUCUAGUGAAUUACAUCUGACUAGAUAGUAGAUGGCUACACUUUGGUAUCUGUGAGCAGUCAAACGUUUUAGUACAAAGCCAGCCAACUACUUUUGCUAGCAUUACAUUAGCAAAGUCAGCACAGCUAGCUAGCGUCUUUCAUUUUGGUGAGACAGUUUGCUAGCUGAACACCAUUGUAGUAUUUUACUCAAAAGGUUUGCGCUUACACGUUAGCUCGCUUUUUGUUCAGCUAACAGUUCGCUAUCUGGUGUGGUGACUGAUUUGUUUAUUGUAGCCUGUCACCGGCAAAAUGACUGUCUUUGAAAUUAACCAAGUCAUCGGUCCCUAGCGAACGUCAAAAGCCAGGUAAGUUGGGGCUGUAAACAAACAGCGACAAGACGGCAAGAGAAGGGAAGGAGGCGCUCGAAUCGCUCCUUCAGGAUUCAUCCACUGCAUCAGCAUCCACGAUGGAGUUGGCACUGCAGCAGCACAGAGAGAGAGAGGUGAAAGAGGGAGACAUGCAACAGAAACAGGAUUCUCAAGGAGGCAAACCCUCAAGCAUCUUGGGAAAGGCGCAUCCAGCUCUCAAGGCCUUCAUGUGUGGCUCCCUGAGCGGCACCUGCUCCACGCUGCUCUUCCAGCCUCUGGACCUGGUCAAGACGCGCCUACAGACCCUGCAGAACAUCAUGAAGCCUGGAGCUCCUAAGGUGGGGAUGAUGACAGUGCUUGUCCAGGUCAUUCGGACAGAGACCUUCCUGGGCCUGUGGAAGGGAGUGUCACCGUCGUUUGUGCGCUGUAUCCCAGGCGUAGGGAUCUACUUCUCUACCUUCUACUCACUGAAGCAGCACUACUUCCAGGAGGGCCGGGCCCCUAACGCUGGGGAGGCUGUGCUGCUGGGGGCCGGAGCCAGGGCCGUGGCUGGUGUCUGCAUGCUGCCUGUCACCGUCAUCAAGACACGCUUCGAGAGCGGACGGUACAACUACGUGAGCGUCCUGGGAGCUCUGAAGAGCGUGUGUGAGACGGAGGGGCCCAGGGCUCUGUUCUCCGGGCUGACGGCCACACUGCUCCGAGACGCCCCCUUCUCUGGCAUCUACGUCAUGUUCUACAGCCAGGCCAAGAGGUCCCUGCCACCGGAGGUGAGCUCGUCGCCCUAUGCCCCGUUGGGGAACUUUGGCUGUGGGGUGAUGGCUGGAGUCCUAGCCUCUGUGGUCACCCAGCCAGCUGACGUGGUCAAGACUCACAUCCAGGUCAGCCCCUCUCACUGGACAACCAAGGACGCCAUUCGCUACAUCUACAUGGAGCAUGGUCUGAGGGGUUUCUUCCGUGGGGCUGUGCCACGCUCUCUGAGGAGGACUCUGAUGGCAGCCAUGGCCUGGACCGUCUACGAACAGCUGAUGGCCCGCAUGGGACUCAAGUCCUGAGGAGAGGAGUCAGGGAGGAACUGAUAAAGGAAGAAUGACGUGGGGACUUGUUUUUAUACAAAGCAGCAGUUUGAGGGGGAAGAAAGUGAGAAGGAGGGAGAGAGAGGAGGUGUAGGGACUGUUUAUCACUGCAACUAGCUUGGGAAAGACAAAGAGGUGGGUGUCGGUGGCACGGAAGAGUGAAAGGUGUGUUUUACAUGUUGAUGUUUAUGAGAGUUAUUGUGAAUGUUUGUAUGUCCUUACAUUGUCAACUCUGACCCUAAAUGACAUUCCCUCACUGCUGAGAACUGAACUGAUCCCCCUCUGAGUGUGGAGACCAUAGAGAACUAUCUAUUUCUAUGGGGGAGACCAUAGGGAUCUAUUUAAUUAUAUUUCUAUGGGGGAGACCCUCUCAGACUGACUACUAUGGAUACCACUCCGGUGACAAGAGACUGUCACUCACUGUCUAGGACUGUGGCUAACAUCUAGGUGUCUCUAACACUCCCACUCCCAAGACGAAACGGCGGCUUUGAUUUAGUUACCUCAGCAAGAGGUUAUCUGCUGGCUAAAAGUGUAGUGGACUGGACAAAGUAACCCUGUGCCAUGACCAUGCAACAUAUUUACAAAUGACCGGCAGACUACAUUAUCAGCACAGUGAUUAUUGCGACCUAUCGACUGACUGAAGGAAAUACAAUAUUUAUUGACUGACUGACUGACUAAAACCAUUUAUUACUAGCUUGGACAAUCAAGACAAUAUUGCUGUGCAUUGUAGCAAAAGACUAGGCUGAUAUUUUCUAUACUGCAACUGCAUAAUUAGCUACUAGAAACUUGGCAUUGGCAUACUUAGCCAUAUUAAAAUAGUGUACAGUGGGUGUUUCUCUAUACCCAAUUCAACUGGGAUCUAAUUUCUAGUGCAUUCCAUUCUGGUUGCAGUGUUGUAGACCGGAUGUGCUUUAUCUAACCAGUAAUGAUAGUCAAUCCCAGAGCCAUUGAUGGAUAAUUGGCUCUAGUCAAUCCCAUUGGAACCCAGACGAUGCAACUCUGGCCCCCUUUGGGCUGUAGCAUUGUGAGACAAUAGUCAACAUCGCGAUCAUGAACAUGCAGCUUCAGCAUCACUGUAUUACAUGGGCCAGAUUCAGUAGUCACAAAAAGAAAGCAAACCGGAGGGACUAGCUGAUCUUGUCCUGUACGAAACGUAAAAUCUGUUGGUUUUCUGAUGCAAAACAUUUUGCGACGGUGUGCACUAAUGUACACUACCCAGCUAAAUAUAGGAAUCCAUAUCAGUGAUGCACAGCCAUGGUCCUGGAUGGUCUCUUAUUAGUUUUGUAAAUGAAUAGGCCUAUGUAUUCAGUAUUUUGAGUAGUUUGAUUUUGGAAGCCCAUACACGUGUAUAUUUUUUAACCCACAGUGUCCAGUGUGCCAUGUUCAAAAAUAAAAACCCAUGACAUGUC